UUAGAUUGAAUUCUCGUGAAAAAUGGGCAACUCUCGUCCUUUUCGUUAUUCUGCGAUAUCAUUGGCUCAGAGUCAUCAUGUUGGCGUCCAGAUUAGCAGCAGUAGGGCGUACUGUCCAACUCCAGGUUCGCCGAAACUUUGGUGCAUCUGCCAUUGCACUGCAGAAGGCUGAUCCAAUACAGCAGUUGUUUCUGGAUAAAAUUAAAGAAUACAGACAGAAUGAUGUCCGUAAGGAGGCCGCCACUGACCCCGAUAUGUUGUCUGAACUAGAAAGACUGAAGGGAAUGUAUAAAGUACAGGAAGGAGAAGAUAUGACGACACUAUCAGUUCCAACAUACCAAGAUAUUGGAGUAGAAAACAUUGAUCUCGGUACAACCACCUCAGCGGACGGAGUGGAAGUAACAGAAUAAAGAAACAAACGAGAGUGGACUAAUUAUGUGAUACUCUACAAAACAACCGUAAAACCUGGAACAAAACAGAACAUCGUUUUGGAACUGGCAACAAUUGUAGAGAUAUUUAUUAUGUUAUUCUGGAUAAAAAAGCGAAAAUAUGUGAUGGACAUAGAAUUGUGUGAAUGUAGGGUAUUUCAAGUUUGAUUUGUACAUAAAGAUCACUGGAUGAGUGUAACAGAUGUUACAUAAUAGUCUGGUGGAAGGAGAUAA